UCGUAACUGCGAAUGAAUUUAUUCUACCACAGACAAACAAUGAAGAGAUGGCGGAUAAUCUCGACUGUUUACAAAGUGUUCUUAGCGUCGUGAAGAUGCGUUUUACUCUUUUGUGUUACGCUACUUCUGGUUACAUCGACUCGUACGUAGAAAGUCUUAUUGCAAUUACACAUCUUCGACAAAUCAUAAGUGUGGAACCAGAUCAAAACAUUGCGAUAGAUUCAGUCGAUCGUAUUGAUUACGCUAUUUUCGUAACUGACAGUUUUUCACUACUCGAAGAUUUCUUUUUAAACUGGCAUCGCUCGUCGAAUUUCAACGCAAACUGCCACUUUUUUAUUGUUUACGUUGGGAGUAAAGAUAUGAAUGAUAUAAUGGCGGUGGCCUGGCAUUGGUAUUCAUACAACGUUGUUAUGUUUGAUAAGUAUUUAAACUUUUACGUACCAAAUAGAUUUUCAGCGAGUAAUUGUGAAUUAACCACAAUACGAAUGCUACCAAGGUGUAACACGCGUGAUAUAGCAAUGCAUAGAUUAAUGCACGAAAACUUUAUGAAUUAUCAUGGCUGCCCUGUUAAAAUCUUACCGUUAACGUAUGUUCCUUAUGUUAUUGAUGUGCACAGAACAGUAAAACCUGGUAUUGAAGUGGAAGUGAUCGAAUUGAUUGCGAAACAGAUGAAUUUCAAAACGCAAUAUUUAAAAACCUCGCAUUUGACUUGGGGUCACAUUUAUAAAAAUGGUACGAUGACAUUGAUGUACAAAGAUAUGCUGGAAAGAAAAGCUGAUUUUAUGAUAGGUAUGGUGAUUCCAGCAGAUUAUAUGACGAAGUAUUUUGAUUUAUCCGUGAGAUUCUUUCCGAAUGAGUUCAGAUUUUACACUCCAAAAGCACAACUUCUACCGCCAUGGUUAAACAUGGCGGCUGUGUUCACUCUAGACACAUGGGUGUCUUUAAUUGUUUCAUUUGUGGUAUAUUCAAUAAUUGUGUUUGGUUUCCAAAAACUACAAGCGUUUAAAAACUCAAAGGAAAUCAAAGCGAGUGAAAGUUUAUCAAUGAACUUUAUGAAUGUUUUUCGGUUGACUAUUCAACAUACAAUACGCAUGCCCAAUGUGACUAUCAAUCGCAUCCUGUAUAUGUCCUGGAUGUUGGUUGCUUUCAUAUUUUCCGCUUGCUAUGUAAACACUUUGCUUUCAUUUCUCCUGCGGGCAAUCAGCGAGCAUCAAAUUGACUCAUACGAGGAUAUUGUGAAGAGUGGUUUUACUAUUGCUGGAAAUAGUAUUUUUAAAGAAUCCUUUUCGGAGAGUUAUGGCGAUCCGUAUGUGAGUCAUAUUUAUCGUGUGUGGAAUUUAACUGAACUAAAAGACGCAGGGUUUGUGUUGAGGCAAGUUGCGUAUGGGAGAAAUGCGAUAAUGAUGACGAACCAUCGACGUGUUUCUUAUUUUAUGAGGGAACAAAAAAGUUUCACUAAAGAUGGCAUUCCGGUGAUGCACAUUAUGGAACCAAGUUUAUCUUUGUCAGCGGCCAUAUUGCUGCAGAAGGGACAUCCGUUGAAAACAGGGAUUGAUUUGUAUAUUAUACGGUUUCGUGAGAGUGGAAUCUUGAGUAAACUUGAUCGCGAUUCGAGCUUGGGGAAUUUAAAAGUGAAUGUUGAGGCGACUUAUGCCCCGCUUGGGAUGGAACAUGUUUUGGGGGAGAUUUACGUUUAUUUAUUCGGCGUUGUUUUAAGUUCUAUUCUCACAACAUUGAUAGUUUCAAUAAGUUGCUUAAACUUUGCUGUCGCUACAAACGAAUUACUCGUACCAAACACAAACGAUGAACAAAUGGCGGAUAACCUCGCCUGUUUGGAAAAUGUCCUUGAUGCAUCCAAUAUGCAUUUUGCUCUUCUGGGCUACGCCACUGCCGGUUACCUAGAUACUUACGUCGAACGUUUAUUCUCCAUCACAGAUGUUCGACAAGUAAUUACAUUAGAAAACAAUCAAAAACUUGUGUUAGAUUCAAACGAUCGCAUUGAAUACGCCAUUUUUGUGACGGAUAGAGUGUCACUUCUUCAUGGAUUUUUCGAAAAAUGGCACCGCUCGUCAUAUUUCAACUCAAAUUGUAAGUUUUUCAUCAUUUACAUUGGCGUUCGUGAAAUAAACGAUAUCAUGGCGGCCGCUUGGUCUUGGUACUCAUACUACGUGGUCAUGUUCGAUAAAUAUUUAAACUUUUACGUACCGAAGAAAUUCUCAGCGAAAAACUGUGAAUUGACAACUGUAAAAAUGUUACCGCGUUGCGACAAACACGACAUACAAAAAAUGAUGAAAUUAAUGAAUCAGGAUUUCAUGAACUAUCAUGGCUGUCCUGUGGACAUCCUGGCAUUAAAAUACGUGCCUUAUGUUAUUGAUACAGACAGUAAAACAAAACCAGGGAUAGAAAUAGAUGUGAUUGAAUUAGUUGGAAAGCAUUUAAAUUUUACUACAAGAUACGUGAAUAAUUCGUAUACGACUUGGGGCGACAUCUACAAAAAUGGCACCAUGACUUUGAUGUAUAAAGACAUGCUGGAUAGAAAAGCAGAGAUUAUGUUAGGAAUGGUAAUUCCCACAGAAGCAAUCACAAUUUAUUUUGACGUAUCUGUUAAGUUUUUGCAUAAUAAGUUUCGAUUCUAUGUGCCUUUGGCACAAGAAUUGCCACCGUGGAGAAACAUGUGCGCCAUCUUUACUCUGGACACAUGGUUGAUCUUAAUUUUUGCUUAUAUUAAAUUUACCAUCAUUUUAUACAUAUUUCAAAAGUUACAGUUGUUUAAAAACAGUCGAGAAAUCAUUGAUAAUCAAAGUGUUAUCAUGAAUAUUUUAAACUCUUUCUGUUUGACUAUUCAUCAACCAAUUGCAAUGCCCGAGGUCACAAUAAAUCGAAUCCUAUUUAUGUCUUGGAUUCUUGUGGCAUUUAUAUUUACAUCUGGUUUUGAAAAUAUUUUGCUUUCUUACCUCGUGCGAGCAACCACAGAGCAUCAAAUUCAAACAUAUAAAGAUAUUGCUGAAAGUGGUUAUACAAUCACUGGUAACAGCGUUGCCAAAGAAUCUUUUGCGGAAAGUUACGGUGAUCCUUACAUUAGUUACAUUUACCAAGCUUGGGACAUGACUGCCCUGGGAGAUGCUACUAAUGUCAUGGAUAGAGUUGCCUACGAUCGCAAUGUGAUAAUGAUGACAAAUCAUCGACGAAUUUCGUAUUUUAUGAAAGAUGAAAAGCGGUUUGUUAGCAAAGAAGGCAUACCAGAGUUGUACAUGAUGCCUCCGAGUUUUUCACUAUCAGCAGUUAUGUUAAUGCAGAAAGGACAUCCGUUGAAAACAGGAAUUGAUUUGUUGAUCAUUCGGUUUCUUGGGAUCACUUUUACGAAUGUUGUGCAGACAACUUAUAAACCACUUGGAAUUGAACAUGUUUUGGGAAUGCUUUAUAUUUAUAUCAUCGGUAUCACGAUCAGUUUUCUUGUAUUUGUAGCCGAAAAUGUAUUUAAAUUUCACGCGAGUGAAUGUUUUUCAACGUAG